UCAAACACAACCAAGUGAGAUUCAAACAUGAGACAAUUGGUGGUACUACUUGUGCUCGCCGUGGCAUCGGCAUCGGCAAAUACGAUCGGCUGGCCCGGUUUUCCCGAGGGACGCAUCAUCAACGGCUAUGAGGCCAAGGCUGGCGAGGCUCCCUUCAUUGUCUCGCUGCAGUCGAUGCUGAAUGCGCAUUAUUGUGCCGGCUCCUUGAUCAGCGAUCGCGUCGUCCUCACCGCCGCCCACUGCAUGACCUCCAAGGACUUCCAGGUGGUGGCAGGUGCUCACAGUCGGUCCGACAAGUCCACAACGCAGGUGCGCAGAGGCAGCAGCUCCCGUCAGACGAUUCAUGAAAAAUAUGGCGGUGGUGUCGGUCCCUAUGACAUUGGAUUGAUCUUUUUGGAGGAACCCUUCGAUCUGAACGCCCUGGAUCGCGAUGGUAAGCCACCUGUGUCGACCAUCUCGCUGCCCAGCUAUCAAUUCGAGGCCAAUUCCGAUGGCGUUCUCUUCGGCUGGGGACGCGACAACUCUGGCUCGUUGCCCGACAAACUGCAGAAACUGGAUGUCGACAUUAUUGGCUAUAAUGACUGCAAGGCUAAGCUGCCACUGGGCAACAAAUUGGCCGACAGCAAUGUCUGCACCUUCACGUCCGGUAAAACCGACGGCGCCUGCAACGGUGACAGUGGCGGCCCCUUGGUCAACAGGAGAUCCGAUGGCACCUACCAACAGGUGGGCAUUGUCUCCUGGGGCUACACUCCCUGUGCCAGCACCAAAUACCCCUCGGUCUAUACCUCAACAGCUUCCUAUUUUGGCUGGAUCAAUGAUAAUAUCAAGAACUUUUAAAUCACGAUCGAUAAACGAAUUAAAUGAAUGAAUAUGCACAUCAGA